GUCAUUUCCCCGGUCUGCUUAAAACUCCGACAGAACCGAAGCGAACACAGAAACGGCGAGGCCGGGGGAAGAUUUGGAGCCAAAGCCCAGAGCAGAUACAGCGCAACGUCACUCGAGAAUCGAGGUAAUUAACGCCUUCCAGCCUCACUGCCGAGAACGCGUGAAAUCAGAAACGGAAGGUGCUUCGGCAACACAAGAUUUCGCAUAUAUGCCCAUUUCAUCGUCGAGCCAGCCUCUCUGCCUCGCCCCCGAUUUCAGUUCGCUGGAGAGAGUCCACCGAAUUUCUGCAAAUUCGUCGAUGGAAAGCGCGGUGCCUCGCUCCCAGGGGAACAGCGGCGCUGACCCUGAGAGGGACGGCGCCGGCGUCGCCCAGGAGCGGGACGAAGCCCGCGGCCUGGAGAGAGUUGCGACGGAGAGCAACGGCGCCGCCGGGGCCCUGCCGCAGAUCCAGGAAGCUACGGGAGAGGGGAAGACAUGCCACCAGUGCCGUCAGAAAAGGACGCACUACGCGGCGGCUUGCACGGCGGUGAAGAACUAUGGGCUGUGCUCGCUCAGAUACUGCCGGAGUUGCCUGCGUAAUAGGUAUGGCGAGGUCGCUGAGGUGGUGGCGCAGAAGGCUAACUGGACCUGCCCCAAGUGCAGGGGAGAUUGCAACUGCAGCAUGUGCAGAAAGAAGAAUGGGGAAACACCGACAGGGAUACUGGCCCCUGCCGCCAAGGCGUCGGGGUGUUCCUCCGUCCAUGAUUUGCUAAACAAGGGGGCAGACAUGGUGGCUGCUGCGCAGAAGUUGGUAAACCCUUUAAAGGGCAAGCCAAGUAUAACCCUGGGGACAGAGAAUGGUGCUAAUGAAGUGCAAGCUGGAGCAGAUGAUCUCAAUGCAGUUCCUUCUGUUCCUGCAAAAAAGAACCUGAAGGUUAACUGCAAAGUAAAUAAAUGUCCCGCUGAUAAGAAGUCCCUGCUGGGAACUGGGAGCCUAGUUGCUCCUGAGAAUGCAAUAGCGCUACCCAGGGGCACCCCUGUCACUAACAUUGCAGGUGUAGAGCUGGAGGCUGAAGAUGUUGGGCCUGCAAUUCAAUUUUAUGAGUUCUGCCGCUCUUUUGCUGAGUUUUUUCAAAUAAGGAAAGGACAACCUGAGAGAAUUCUUCAAGACAUAACUGGAGGUCGUGAACUUCGAGUUGUAGCUUCACUUAUUGCGGAGUUGCAUAUAAACCUGUUCUCUAUCAUUAAAGAAGACAGAGGGGAGAAGCCUUUGAAUUAUUCAAGAGAUGGGGAUGGAUGGAUAAUAGACAUUGGCAAAUAUAUCACCGAGUCAGACUCUGUCUCAAAGGAAUUCCCUCUUGACUCUUUAAAGCUGGGACUAGUGGGGUACAAAAAUUUAAGCCCGUCCUGUAAGCUAUAUGUGCUGAAUUUUCUGUGUGAUGCGACUCUAUCUUCAGUCAAAUUCAGGACCUGGACUGAUGAACAAAACGAGAAGGCAGCUGAACGAAAGAAUGCUGCCAGGGAAAAAAUCCGUGCUGCAAAUGAAAAGGAAAAGGAGUUAAAAGAAAGACAGAGUGACAUGGCUAAAGAUCCACUUUUGAGCGAGGGAGCGGACACUCCUAGCAAUGUUGAAUCUGAAAUAAAGGAGGCAAAGGAAGUCAAGCAGACAGCCACAAAUGCAUUAGAUGAGGAGGUUGGAGUUGUCCUUUCGACCAAGCCUGUCAUGGUAGACAAAGGGGUAGCAUACUGGAAGCUGGAUGGCUAUUGUAAUGAUGCAACAAUAAUGCGCCAAGAGAUCGACAGUCAAAAUAUAAUUAGCAACAAAGACAUAUGGUUCAAGUUCACUGAAGAUGAAGAGAAAGUUAUAGGAGAUCAUGUGGCCAGAAGAUCCCGAGGUCGGUCAAGAAAGCGUACUUGGGGACAAUGAUGGCUGAUCUCAAUCUCUGGGCGUUUAGCUGGUUGAAGGUGGAUGGACUAUGCUAGCUGAGACCCGGCAGCGUUUGUACUGUACACUGUAGAUGGCAUAAACGGAGGAAAGUUUUGCUAUAGGAAAGUUAUACAUUUACUGGACGACUAACAACAACUGAAGAUUCAACUAAAGCAUCUGAAUCCGAAGCUUAUGACAUGUUCUCUGCAGAUGACAAGGCAGCAAAGUCUCUGUACAGUAGUCUGUAACACCUUUUGCAGUUGUUCCCCAGGACAUAGGAGUAUUGAAGCUAGGAGGGUGCAACCUCUGAGCAUAAAUAGCAUUAUAAUUUGAGUGUGGUACCGUCAAAUUUUCCUGUUGUGUAUCUUCUGUUUAAACAAAUGACUUUCCCCCCUUCCUUUUCCGAACUUGGGAGAUUUAAUUAAUGCUUUUCCCAUAAGAAAAGCAGGAUUCAGUAUAAUGAACUGUGGAAACCCUAGCCA